UUUUCUUUCUUCUCGCAGGAGCCGUCGGCCACUUCCGGUGACAUGACGACGACGGCAUCGAUACAAAAAAGAGAGACGGAGAACAGUAGAAUUCCUUUCAGGGCGAGAACAGUGGAAAGUCCUCCGAAAUAACCAGCUGUGAGUGUAGUGGGUCGUGUUCGCGGAGGAUCAACCGACGGUCGGCGUCGCGUCAGUGUUGUGGGACGACGCGCGGGGCGGCGGAAGCUCUGAGAUAUCUGGAGUUUAUUGUUCUUCGGCUGCUCCCCUCCGGCUAACGAAGCUAUUUCUGUUCCGCCGAGCACAGCCAGCUAACGCUAGCUAUCGCCGGAUGCCAACGCUGAGCUGUGUGCGCGCCACGGUCUCAAUAAGCGGGCGGCUCGGGAGGACACGGUGCCUUUUAAUCCGUUCGGUUUGCAGCUGGACUCGGCCAACGCUACCACCCCCCCUACUCCCCCGGGCUCGGUGACUUUCGUUUGGGCGAGAAUGGCAACGUCGGCUCUGUACGCCUGCACGAAGUGUAACCAGCGGUAUCCCUUCGAGGAGCUGUCGCAGGGCCAGCAGCUGUGCAAGGAGUGUCGCAUCGCACACCCAAUUGUGAAGUGCACAUUUUGCAGAUCUGAAUUUCAGCAGGAAAGCAAAACCAAUACGAUCUGCAAGAAAUGUGCACAGAACGUGAAACAGUUUGGAACUCCCAAGCCCUGCCAGUACUGUAACAUCAUCGCAGCAUUUAUUGGGACCAAGUGCCAGCGUUGUACAAACUCCGAAAAGAAAUAUGGACCUCCACAGACCUGUGAGCAGUGCAAACAGCAGUGCGCCUUUGACCGCAAGGAGGAAGGCAGGAGAAAGGUGGAUGGGAAACUGCUGUGCUGGCUCUGCACUCUGUCCUACCGCCGGGUCCUGCAGAAGACCAAGGAACAGAGGAAAGGCUUCGGCUCCUCCAACUCCUCGUCCCUGAACGAGAAAGACCACCACUCCAGACCUCACCAUCAUCACCACCACCACCAACACAGACACAGCAGUUCUCACCACAAACUGAGUGGGAGCCUGAGUCCUGAGCAGGAGCAGGGACUGUGGAAGCAGAGCCAUAAAUCGUCUUUGAUCCAGAAGGAGACUCCAAAGAAGAAACCAAAACUGGAGAUGAAGCCAUCCAAUGGGGACAGUUCCAUCACCCAGUCAAUGGAUUCUGGAGGAACAGACAACUUCAUUCUCAUCAGCCAGCUGAAAGAGGAAGUGAUGUCACUGAAGAGACUUCUACAGCAGCGGGAUCAGACCAUCCUAGAGAAGGACCGAAAGCUCACAGAGAUCAAAGCAGACUUUCAGUACCAGGAGUCCAACAUGAGAGUGAAGAUGAACCAAAUGGACAAAUCGCACAAAGAGUCCAUGGAGCAGCAGCAGGGCAAGAACAGGGAGUUGAUGAAGCAAGUGGCUGCCCUCUCCAAAGGCAAAAAGUUUGACCGGACAGGAAGUUCACUGCUGUUACCCUAACAAUAGGCUGGCCAGCGGGUAACGACACAGAGCGGCUUCAUUGUUAUAACACUGUGAGAGUCUCCCUCCUGUGUGUCCUCAUUGCCAUCAACAUCGAUUUACUUCACUGGUAAAGCCAGAGACCAUGUUGUACAUGGAAAUCAAUUGUCGAAACAAAGAAAUCUUUUUUCUCGAAAUGUCAACAUAUUUUAGAUAUUUUAUGGCAACUUUUCCACUGGAUCAUAGGAUGUGACUUGGGAUGUGCGGAGUGGAGGAUGGGGGUCAUUUUUAACACUGCCGGGCCAAAACAAAAAAAUCAUUGUGUGCAUAUGUGGAUAGCAUUCUGUCGACUCAAUGUAUCCACUUAACUUUUAUGGAUGUCAUGCAAUUUAUUUAUUCAACUGUAUUUCUUAGCUUUUUUAUUUCCUCACAACAUACUGAGAGAAUAUCCCACAUUUUGGGGUUUUCUUCAAUAGCAGUUAGAUAUAUUUUUCUAAAUGAUGCGAUUGUGGAAGACUAGCUCUCCUUAACGGAGACCCUCAGCAACUUUACAAUGUAUGCAAAAUGAGAGAAGUGUGACCACUGGGCUGCUGCUCAACAGGAGAGAACUCUCUCAGUAACAAUUCAUAAAUCAACCAAUGAACACUUUGAAAGGCUGUCUGAUAGAGAGAGACACCUCUUGGCUGCCCUCUUUCUCACCGUGUGACAGCUAUAGUGCUUUGCUGUUUCUCUUUAGUGGAACGAUUGUAAUAAUGCAUGAUUUUACUGCCAGAUACCAGAUGGCAUUGUGGUCGGACUUCUUUUCCCCCCCUCCCCCUUUUAAUUAGUUUUUUUUUUAAGAAACACUUGUAAAUGUAUUACUGGGGUCAGCCAUUGUAUUUAAACUAUUGCUUGUAUCUGUUUUAGUGAGUACAGUAUGUGUAUGGUAAGGCCAGUUGAAAUUAACAUGUCUGUAGAAGAUGCUUUUUAAAGGAACACACCUUUCACCUUGCGUUACUGGGCUGGUUUCAUACUGGGGCAUCCAGGAUCACUUUUGUACUUUUUUCCAAACCAACUGUUUUAAAACUAUUAAAACUGGCUAAACUGUU